AUGGAAAAGCAAAAUGAAGUAUUGGAUGAAUCAGUAGAAAAUGAAGAAACUAACAGCAAUAAAAAGUACUUGAAAUUAUAUGACUCAGAUGGUGAAAAUAAUGAAAAUCAUAAUUCAUUUGUAUUUUUUAAAAAUAUAAAAAUAAAUAGUGAAGAAAAAAAUAAAUUAAGUAAAAUAUGUUGCACUAAGAAUUACUUAUUUGUUAGCACAUCAAGUGUUUUUAAUCAAGUACAUAUUUUUAAUUAUAAUAAUUUCGUCAACUUAAGAAAAACAAAUGAAAUUAAUGGAAUUACUAAAGCAGAAGAAAAAGAAGAGAAAGAAGACGAAGAAUAUGAAGAAAAUAAAAAACAAAUAGAAGAAGAAAUAGAAAAUGAAGAGACUUUUAUAAAUUUAAAUGAUGUUUAUAAUAAAAGCUAUUUUUUCAAUGGAAAAAAAAAUUCUAAUAAUGAAAUUAUAAAUCCAAAAAAUACAAAAAUAAAUAAAUUUUAUUAUGAAGAAAAAAAUUAUAAUAGUAGUAUGAAAACAUCCUAUAAUCUCAAUGAAAUAAAUGAAGAAGAGAAUAUUGAAAACAAUUUUUUAAAAAUAAAUGAAAAGAAAAAAAAAAAUUUAUCAUAUUAUAAUAUAAAUAAUAAAAAAAUACAUUUUCGUUUUGCCAAUGAGUUAUAUGAUGAUAUUCCUUUUAAAGAAGAAUAUUUAUACUAUGGUAAUUUUAAUGGAUUGCAAAAAAAAAAAAAUAAUAAAGAUAUUAAAAUUAAUAAAGAAAUGAAAGAAGAAGAAAUGAAAAAAAAAGAAAAAGAAGAAGAUAUAAAAAAAAAAAGGAUAAUAGAAGAGGAAAAUUUAAGAAACGAAGAAUUACUCAGAAAUGGAUAUUUUUUAAAUAAUAAUAAUUUAGAAAUAAAUAUAGAUAUAAUUAAAAAAAAGACAAGCAGUAUAGAUAAUUUGAUGGAAUAUAUAGGUUCAUUCAUUAAUAUAUCUUCUCCUAUAAUAUUAAUGAAAAAAAAUAACAGUGAAAGUAUUUUAUCAUUAUUAACAUAUAAUGGUGCUAUAUAUAAUUAUAAUAUUACUGAAAAUUCUUUAAAUGAAUUAAAAGAGAAAAGAAAUAGAAAACUAGAAAUUUUUAGUAAUAUUGAAAAUUAUAUUUUACAACAAGAAUAUUAUGAAAAAAAGGAAGGUAAUGCAUCAAAUGAUCUAAUAGGCGAAUAUGAAGGCGAAGAAGCAACAUUAUCUCCUUUGUCAAUAUAUAAUUCAUACUUUACUUCUAUUAUUAAAUGCUUUGAUUUUUUACCAGAUGAAAAAACAUUAAUUUGUGUUGGUCUAAAUAAAGAUUAUUUUCUUUCAUUUAUUAAUUGUUAUAAUGGAAAGCAGAUUAUAUAUAAUAAAAAGAUAAAAGUAAAAAAGCAUAGUAAUUUUAAUGUAAAUUUCACUUUGAUAUAUGAUUUCAAUUAUAUAUAUGUUGAAAAGGAGAAGAAAACUUUCAACGGAGAAAUUGGUAAUUUUGUUUAUAUAGGAUCAUCAUGUGGAUACCUGGUAUUUAUUUUUAUUAGCGAAAAAUUUUUACACUUUGUAAAUAAUUUACUCACUAAUGAUCAAAUAAAAAAUGGUUCCUUAUUUAUUUAUGAUGAUACUUAUUCAGAAAAUAUAUCUAAAUACAUUAUUGGAAAUGUAGAAGAUAUAUAUAAAAUAAACAAAAAUGAGUUAUAUGCACUAUUUGAUGAUAAUAAAAAUAAUCUUUUAUUUUCUAAUUGCAAGGAAAAUAUUUUUAAAUGUGUUGAACAUGAUUUCUUUUCCUAUGCAUUUUUUAUUUCUAAGAACGUUAAAAUAACUUCAUUAGUAAGUUUAAAUACAAAUAAAAAUGAAAAUAUUCAUUUACUAAUAGGAUUAAGUGAUGGUAGAUUUAUAACUUUUUAUUUCUAUAUUUCUUCAUCCUUUUCAAGUAAUAACUACUCUAUUUCUAAUGAAAAUUACAUAGAAAAAUAUGCUUCUGAAAGCAAAUUAAAUACACCAAAGAAAGAUGAUAAGUUACACAAAACAAAUAAGCGAAAUGAUUUUAAUGAAAAUGAUAAAAAUGGAAAUAUAACUAAAGAAAGUAAUAUCAAUGAAAGUAAUCUAAAUGAAAAUAUACAUAAAGGUAAGGACGGAUAUAAUGGUAAUAUGAAUACUGAAGGUGCUUCUUCAUUUUUAUCAGAGAAAAGUAACAAACUUAAUAGAAUCGUAAAUGAUGGUAAUAAUUAUCCUAUUAAUAAUUUUAUAAAAAACAGUGAAAAAUUUAUUUAUGAUUUCAGAGGUUUACAUAAGUCAACGACAAUAUCAAAUAUAAAUUUUUACAAAAAUAAAUUCCAAAAUAAUUUUAUUUUAAUAAAUUCAAAUAUAAAAAAAAUUUCAGAGAUCUCUGACAAAAAUUUUUAUACAACAUAUAUAAUCGAUUUAUAUAAUAAAAAAAUUAAUAUUUUAUAUCAUCAUCUUUCAUAUAUUCUCGAUUCAUGUUUAUCUUCUAUUUUUUAUUUUUGUUUAGAUGAUAAUAAUACUAUUACCGUUUUUUCUUUAUAUGAAGAUGCGUAA